AUGUUGGACAGCGAGGACAGCAACUUCUCCGAGGAGGAGGACAGCGAGCGCAGCAGUGACAGCGAGGAGGCCGAGGUAGAGGAGGAGCGGCGGAGUGCAGCGGGCAGUGAGAAGGAGGAAGAGCCCGAGGAGGAAGAGGAGGAGGAAGAUGACGACCGGCCCCCCAAGAAACCCCGCCAUGGCAGCUUCAUUCUGGAUGAGGCUGAUGUGGAUGAUGAGUAUAAGGAUGAGGACCAGUGGGAGGAUGGAGCAGAGGACAUCCUGGAGAAGGAAGAGAUUGAAGCCUCCAACAUCGACAAUGUUGUUCUGGAUGAAGACCACUGCUCCCAGGAGUCAAGGAUCCCAAUCUGUGGACUGUCAAACGUAAGAUUGGGGAGGAACGGGCCACAGCCAUUUCCUUGA